AAAAGGCGAGGAGAGAAACCCCGGCCUCGCAUCAUUGUAAGCCCCAACAGCCCGCGUUCGCCUUUCUCGGCUGCAAGAGCCGCCUCCGGAAGGGCGGAGCGGCUGAGGGGAAGGACGCUUUCACACAUGGCGGAAAACGAGGAGGCGGAUUGGGAUGCCUUCCUCGACAAAUUUCAGGGCCCGCAGCGGUACGAGGGGGCCUUCGAUCCCACGACGUGGGAGCAGGAAUUUGACCAGAUUCCAAUUUUCAUGAAGAAUGCCCCUACUGAAAUAAAUCCUAAAGAAAAUCCUGAUCUGGCAUGCCUUCAGUCUCUCAUUUUUGAUGGAGAACAGAGUUCUGAAGAGCAAGCUAUGAUGUAUAAGAAUGAAGGUAAUGAUUAUUUCAAAGAAAAGGAUUAUAAGAAGGCUGUGAUAUCCUACACAGAAGGACUGAAAAAGAAAUGCAGUGACUUGGAAUUGAAUACUGUACUUCAUACAAACAGAGCAGCAACCCACUUUUAUCUGGGCAACUAUCGCUCAGCUCUGAAUGAUGCUGUUGCAGCAAGAAAACUGAAACCCAGCCACCUCAAAGCAAUAAUAAGGGGAGCACUGUGCCAUGUGGAACUCAAGCAUUUCUCUGAAGCUAUGGCAUGGUGUGAGGAGGGCCUGAAAUUAGAUCCACAGGAAAAAAAACUUCUGGAAAUAAGAACAAAAGCAGACAGACUUAAGCGUAUUGAAGAGCGAGAUUUGAGAAAAGCAAAAUUUCAGGAGAAGAAGGAACAGUCUCAGAAAGAAGCCUUGCUUAAAGCUAUUAAGGAUCGAAACAUCAAAUUGUCUCCGAUCCCCUCAGCAGAUGAGAUGGCCAUAUCAAAAGACCUUGCAGAGGUGUCUUUAGACGGACUCAGCUCUGAAAACGGCAGUGGGCCCAAAGUUUACCUAGAGGACAGUGGCAGCCUUACCUGGCCAGUGCUCUUCCUGUAUCCCGAGCAUGGACAAACUGACUUCAUUUCUGCUUUUCAUGAAGAAUCCAGAUUUUCUGACCAUUUAGUUGUUAUGUUUGAAGAAUCUCCUGCCUGGGAUACAGAAAGAAAAUACGUUCCUAAAAAACUAGAGCUUUAUUUUGAGGAUGAAGAAAGAGGAGAUAUAUAUCAGAUAAACCCAGAAACCACAUUGUUAGAGGUGUUGCAGCACAAAAGGUAUUUUGUAAAAGCUGGAACUCCCGCCUUUUUAGUCCUGGUGAAAGAUGCUCCUUUCCCUAAAAGCUAUUUAUUUGGGAAGACAGUUCAUCAAGUAAAGUGAAUUGGGAUGACCUCAGCAAGAAAGCAAAGAUCAGCAGUGACUCUCUUCUUACCAUUUAUGCAGUGUCCUAAAUUGGAAUGUUUUCAGAGUAUAUAUUUUUCUGUAA